UAUACUUUUUUUAUUUGGGGUGUUUGUAUUUUAUACUCUUUGGGUUCCUGUAAAUAAUCAAUGUUAUUCUGAGAAAUAAAUAAUAUAUUAUACCUCUGAAACGAAUUAUGUUAAUUUAGAUUACUGGAAACUUCUCAACUUCACACGGUGAUGUUGGCUCAACAAGAAUUGAAUGAAACAAAAUAAUGAGUCAGUGAGUGAGUGAACCAAAAUGAUAGGUUAUGACGAAGUUAGGUUAUGAUUGUAAGAGUCUUCCGCGUCUAGUUGUUUUUUCUUUACUAUCACUUGAAACUAAAAUAAUCACUGGAGAUUUAGCUAAUAUUAAAGUAAUGAUUUGAAUAUUUAAUAGGACUGUAUUGUACUUCUAGACUAAAGAUGGCUAAUAUAACGGAAGAGGAUUGGAAUCUUCCACCAUGCAAUUAUGAAUAUUUGGACCACACUGCUGAUGUUCAAAUACACGCAUGGGGGGAGACUCUGACAGAAGCCUUUGAGCAGUGUGCUAAUGCCAUGUUUGGCUACAUGACAGAGAUUGAGUAUGUUGAGAUGGUGGACACCCAGGACAUUGAGGCUGAAGGCCAUGAUAUGCUAUCCUUGCUUUUUCACUUUCUGGACGAAUUUUUGUUUCUAUUUAGUGCUGAGCCUUUCUUCAUUGCCAGGAAAGUAAAGAUACUCGAAUUUGACAAAGAAAAUUUCAAGAUAAAAGCAAGAGGAUUUGGUGAAACGUUUGAAAUUGGAAAGCAUCCUCAAGGAACAGAGGUGAAAGCAAUCACGUAUUCUAACAUGCAAGUGCAUGAAAAUGAAGGAAAGUCUGAAGUAUUUGUAAUUAUUGAUAUAUAAAUUUAUAUAAUUUGUUGAA